CCGCAGAGUUAGCAGCAGCGGCUAGCCUCUAACAUUUAGACGACACAGCGGGUAGCUAGCAGGGUUAGCCGCGCAGCUAAUCAUGGUGAAUGUAAAGAAGCGGAAAGGUCGAGUCGUGAUUGACUCUGACUCUGAGGACAGUGCUAGUGAUGAUAACUUAGAUCAGGAGCUCUUGUCUUUGGCAAAGAGGAAGAGGGUUGAUUCGGGUGAUCAGGAGGAGCCGGUCAGCAAACCUGCAGCUUCUACAGACUCUGAGACAUCCGAUAGUGAUGAUGAGUGGACUGUGGGUGGCACCAAAGGCAAAAAGAAGGUUAAGCCAGGGAAAGGGUCUGAGAAGAAGAAUGCUACAAAGAAGAAGGUUAAUAAAGCAACGGCGUCCGGCAGCUCCGAUGGAGGCAGCUCAGCCGAGAGCUCUGCACCAGAGGAGGGUGAGGUGUCUGAUUCCGAGAGCAACAGCUCGUCCUCCAGCUCCGACUCGGACUCCUCUGAGGACGAUGUGUUCAGGGACGGUUACGACGACGACUUGAUGGGAGACGCGGAGGACAGAGCUCGCCUGGAGCAGAUGACAGAGAAGGAGAGAGAGCAGGAGCUGUUCAACAGAAUUGAGAAGAGAGAGGUGCUAAAGAGACGUUUUGAAAUCAAGAAAAAGCUGAAGACGGCAAAGAAAAAAGAGAAAGAGGAGAAGAAAAAGAAGCAGGAGGAAGAGCAAGAAAAGAGGAAGCUAUCUCAGGUUCAAGACACACAAGUGGUUAUGUCACACAACAAGGAGAGACGAUCCAAACGUGACGAAAAACUUGACAAAAAGUCCCAGGCCAUGGAAGAGCUGAAAGCUGAGCGCGAGAAGAAGAAAAACAAAACAGCGGAACUGCUGGCCAAACGUCAGCCCCUGAAGACCAGCGAAGUUUACUCCGACGAUGAGGAGGAAGAAGAGGAAGACGAUGACAAGUCAUCAGUAAAAAGCGAUCGGAGUUCCCGUUCAUCGUCUUAUGACGACGACGAAAAAGAAGAAACUCCACCGAAGUCACAACCUGUUUCACUACCAGAUGAGCUCAACAGGGUCCGCCUGUCCAGACACAAGCUGGAGCGCUGGUGCCACAUGCCCUUCUUUGCUAAGACUGUGACCGGCUGCUUUGUGAGGAUAGGGAUUGGGAACAGCAGCAGCAAACCAGUUUAUAGGGUUGCUGAAAUUGUGGAUGUGGUAGAGACGGCGAAGGUUUACCAACUUGGAACAACGCGAACGAACAAAGGAUUACAAUUAAGGCAUGGCGGCGACACGCGGGUGUUCAGGCUCGAGUUUGUAUCAAAUCAGGAGUUUAUGGAGAGCGAGUUCAUGAAGUGGAAAGAGGCGAUGGUUGUUGCUGGAAUGCAAGUUCCGACUCUCGACGAAAUCACCAAAAAGGAGCAGUCCAUCAAAGAAGCUCUGAAUUAUAAGUUCAAUGACAAAGACAUAGAGGAUAUUGUUAAAGAGAAGGACAGAUUCCGAAAAGCGCCGCCGAAUUAUGCAAUGAAGAAAACGCAGCUACUCAAAGAUAAGGCCAUGGCAGAAGAGAGCGGAGACGCCGACAAAGUGAAAGCGAUCCAGGAUGAGUUGAACGAGCUCGAGGAAAGAGCAGAGGCACUCGACAGACAAAGGACCAAGAGCAUCUCUGCCAUCAGCUACAUCAACCAGAGGAACAGAAGCUGGAACAUCGUUGAAUCUGAGAAAGCGCUUGUGGCUGAAGGACAAAAUGCCAAAAACCAACAAAUGGACCCUUUCACACGAAGACAAUGCAAACCCACCAUGGUGUCUAAUGCCAGAGACCCGUCAGUCCAUGCAGCUAUUCUUGCUCACCUGAACCAGAAGUACGGCUCUGGAUCAGCAUCAGAUGCUGCCGGCAUGGAACUGAGCAUACAGGGUCAAGUAAACCAAAAAGACAAGGAUGGCCCCAAACCGAACACUGACCUCUCAGAGGACUUGUUUAAAGUUCAUGAUUUUGACGUUAAAAUUGACCUACAGGUUCCCAAUGCAGAGGCAAAGUCUUUGUCCGUGAGCUCCAACGCUCUGCCGGUGAAGGACGGCGCCCCCCGCAGGUCCCUCAACCUGGAAGACUACAAGAAGAGGAGGGGGCUGAUCUGAUGUGGUAGUCCAUCACUCAGUAACCACAUUGCAUGUGUAAUUGACUGUGCAGGAGAGAGAGAGAGAGAGAGAGAGAGAGACAGCGAAUGUGUGUGUGUGUGUGUGUGUGUGUGUGUGUGUGCGUGUGUGUAUAUGUGUGUGGAUGAGAGAGUGAGUGGGUGAGUGAGUGACUCCCAGAGGACGUAUGUUUGAAUGUCGAUACAGACUGUUCAUCUGAACACAGAGGAAAUACUGAUUGAGCAAAAGACAACAUUUUUCUCAAAGGAUCUCUCUCGGAGGAAAACUUGUCCAGAUAUUUGUUUUUUUUUUGCAUUAUCACACACAAUCUUGUAUAUUGAGUUGUGUUUUUUUAAUGUAUUUAACGUCUUUCCCCCUUCUUUUGGAUCUUCUGGCGCCCACUCCAUUUUUUUAUUUUUUUUUGUCUUUUUUUCUGAAAGGACACAGCUCUUGUGGAUUAUUACCUUGAACAAGGACACUAUGUUAGAAGACUUAGAUUGUUGAGGUAUUUUAUUGGACUGGUUACCUAAUGGAGCUGAUCAGCGUGUCCUCCUCAACCAUGAAUUACUGUCCAAAAUCGUCUCCCCCUACAUGUGUGAUCAUCUCCUCUGCCCUUCCAUCCUGAAUUUUAACAGCCUUGUGGGUAUUUUUUUGCAGAGUUUAGAUGAUCACCAUCUCUGACCCCGACCGUGUCUCUGGCCCUCCAUGACAAAUGUGAAAAGUUCUGGACAUAUAUCACUUUUUAAGUCUUUGAAAACAACUCAAUUUCAGAGGAACCCUUUUCUAUGACUGGUUAUAAAAGUGUUGCUUCAUUUCUGUUAUCUCUUUGUUGGUUGUUUAUGGGAUAAGUCCCCUGCCCUUAACUCCCAGAGCAGAUUCUCUGUGUUAUCGAUUGUGUCCAUAGUCAGUUCCUGUAUUGAUGUGGCAUGCCAUGUAAAUAUGCAUUUUGGAGUGAGUGCGGAAAAAAUAAAAGAGGCACUGUUUCAUAA